AUGGAUCGAAACAAGCAGCACUUGGCUAAUCGCAUAGCAGCUUUACCCAGACGACCGACAAGAGGCCCGUUAGAUAUCAACGAUUCACCUCUGAAUAGUCCCUUGUCGCCUACAAAUUACAUUAAUGCCACACAAACACGAACACUUUCACCAGGCGGCCCGGCACCAAGAAGCCGAACACCUAGGCUUCCGUCACCGAGUCCCGGUUCGAAUUUAUCAACCAACACUUUCAUGACAGCUCCCACAUCGCUCUCGCCAUCACAAAACACAUCAUUUCAAUCAACAGUCUCAACACUUCAGAAAGACUUUACAUAUCUCUUACGCCCAGAAAUCUAUCAUCCUCUACCCGUUCUUGAAAUUCCACCACCAUUUCGUUCUUCCCCAGCUUCAUCACUCCCACCUAACCCUGAUGUCAAUACUCUUUCGUCACUCCUGGCAGCGGGUUAUUUUCGAGCUGCGGCUAUUUUGAGUGCUACGCUAUUAACAUCGAAUCCUGGACCCUCAUCACAUGAUGAGAUUUUCAACCUCUUCUAUAUCCGUCUAGCAUGUCUUACGCUCUGUAAUCAGACACAACUUGCGGCUCAAGAAGUUAAAGCUCUCGAAGACCUUAAUGCUGCUUACUAUCGAGAUGAUGAAACGGAUACUCAUAUGGUAGGAUGGGAGCUGAGGGUUUUGGCAGUUCGAUUGCAAGGCAUGGGAUUAGGGGAUGCGAGAAGAGGUGUUAUGGGAUACUAUGAUCUAGCUAGAGAUGCUAGAAGUAUGUUGACAAAAUUAAAGAAACGUAAGGCAGCUGGUGAUGUCUUAGAUGGUGAGAUCGUGUUAUGGGAAAGCAGAUUGGCAGAUUUGGGUAUCAGAGUUGCGAGUGCCCUGAUUGAGAUGGAAGAUUUAGUAGGAGCGGGGAUGCAUUUGAAGACUUUGAAGGUCAAUGAAGAGGGAGAUGAGGACUUAAGGGCUAAAAAAGCAUUACUCUGGUUAUGUUUGGGGGACAUUGAUGCUGCAAGGGAGUGUCUGAAGAAGGCGAAUGGAGGAGAAUUCAAGGCGAAUGAAAUAGAUGGAACAAUCAGAGCUCUUGCUUUUGUUGCUGAAGGAAAAUAUGAGGAAGCAGUUGUCAUCUGGGAAGAGCUCAUUGCCAACGAGGAAACUAUGGCUGGAAAAGGAGAAAAAGCUAUGUGGAGGCAAAACCUUGGUGUCACAUUAUUGUACUUGGGUCGUGGUGAUGAGGUAUGGAUCAUUCCCUUCCCCCAAUACCUUUUUUUCCUGCUACGAUCACCACUUCUUCCACUAUGGAGCCCGCUACAUCACACAUACUCACAAUUCGACCAACAGGCAAGAACUAUUCUCGAGUCACUCAUUGCAGAAGACAAUUCUUUCCACGCUUUAACAUUCAACCUGAGUACUAUCUAUGAAUUAUGCACAGAGAGAUCAAAAACGUUGAAGGUUGCGUUGGCUGAGAAGGUUGCUGGGAUGGUGGAUAUAGGGGAGAAUGAGGGAGUAGUAAGAGGAUGGGAGAAAGUUAAUGGGGACUUUAAAUUGUGA